CAUUGUGGAUGAAGGUGGAGAAAUACAUUCAACAAGAAGAACAGAGAAUUUCGGCACUUUGAAUCUUGCUUCAAAACUUUGGCUUCACUUGAAUGGAAAGCUAAAGAAAGACCUGAUAGGAAACGAAGACACUAAGCUGUGUUUGACAUAGCCACUUGAAGCACUGGAGGCUUACAGCUGGAUCGCUUCUUGCAUCGAAUGACACAGCACCGCCGUCACGUUAUGUGCAGUCCUCAAAUGCAAGCGUGAAAAUAUAAUAUAACACUGUUGAAAAUAUAGCUGUGAUAUAUCCUGUUAUCUUAGCUGAAGACAUUUAGCUUGAAAUAAAGUCGCCAGUGGCCUAGGCGUUUUAAAAAUUAAGCAGAAUGAGGGAAGAAGAUGUUGAAGUCGCCAUCAAGGUAGUGGUUGUGGGCAAUGGGGCAGUAGGAAAAAGUAGCAUGAUUCAACGAUACUGCAAGGGGAUAUUUACUAAAGAUUACAAGAAAACCAUUGGAGUGGACUUCCUUGAGAGACAAAUAAGUAUUAAUGGCGAGGAUGUACGUCUAAUGUUAUGGGAUACGGCCGGGCAGGAGGAAUUUGAUGCGAUCACCAAAGCCUAUUACAGAGGUGCCCAAGCCUGUGCUUUAGUGUUUUCUACUGUAGACAGAGAUUCUGUGGAUUCUAUAGAAAGCUGGAAAUCUAAGGUUGAAGUAGAAUGUGGGAACAUACCAAUGGUUGUAGUCCAGAAUAAAAUUGAUUUAAUAGACCAAGCUGUAGUACAACCGGACGAAGCAGAAUCGUUAGCAAAGAAACUAAGACUGAAAUUUUAUCGAACCUCAGUUAAGGAGGACUUAAAUGUUAAUGAUGUUUUCAAGUAUUUAGCAGAGACUCAUCUAGACCUUCUUCACAAUACUGCAGUAGAAGAACCUACUAGCACACAACAAAAGAGUGUGGCUGGUUUAUUCAAUGCUGGAGGACAGACAGGACAAGCACCUUCAAAUAACAACGGCCAGCCAUCCCAACAACCAUCAACAGGAGAAAUAAUYACCUUGAAACCCAACAAACAGAGGACACAAGGGAAAAAAUCAAAGCUCUCCAGCUGUUCUCUGUUGUAAUCAAAUGGAUUUAGACUAAUCUUAAAAUUGAAAGUAAUACCACAACUGGGGUCUAUGAUAAGGACUGUCRUUGUACACAGCAACUCAAAUCCAUAUAGCGUGAAUAUGCUGUGACAGGAGGCCCAACCAAUAAUGUUGAAAUUUUGAUCUAUAUUUUGAUGUUUGGUACGUUGCACUUAAUUAAUUUGAAUGAAAUACAAARGUUGAAAACAAAAAUUAAUUAAGAAACCAAUCAUGCAUUCCAUUGUUAUUGUAAAAUAAAAGCGUUAUCGCUKUAAAACCUCUAUGAAUUUGAUAACAUUUUCUUGAUUAUAAAAUGGAAAUUAAAAUUUGAAWAAUUUGAGAAGUUAAGAUUUGAGUGGCCAUCCAUUGUAGAUUAGUCCCCCUAAAACCAAAGAUUAAAAAGCAACUUAUGAAA